AGCAGCGGCGGCGGCGGCGGCUGCGGCGGCGGCGGCUACGACGAAGGAGCAGAGCACGUGGUCGAGUGCUCGCGAACUCCUAUGGACAUUGGAGGAAGAAGGCGAGACACGAGGUUCGGCGGACGAGGCACGACGAGACUCGAUUGAGAGCCAGCGGAAGGCCAAUAAUCGUCGACACCCGGAUCAUCGUGGCUGCUGUGGCAAGACCGACGAGAGUUCCGGAAAGCGCGAGCACGUUGUCGCGUUUCGAAAAGUGGGGGAACGCAGGCAUCGCGGACACGCGAAAAAAUUGUCUACUGCUACCGUAUUUCCGGGGCACGCGGCGCUGGCGGCAAUUUCGAACGCCCCCAAGUGAGACGGACAAUUGCGAUAUUUACGCUACGGGCGCCACUUUGAAUUAAGGCCGAGUACGUAGCGAGGGGCGGCGAGUGGUACUCGCGCGUUAAUUGCUUAUUGUUGCUUGCGUAGUGGGACUUGGGAAGACGUUGGUAGAGAAUUUUGCCAUUGAACCUAUUGUGAUAUCGAAUUGUUGUGCCGCGGCUUUGUGAAACGAACUAUUUAUUGUCGACGAUCGGUGAUAAGAAGGGGGGACGGUCGUCGACGGUGUAUGUACAUUAUUUUCUUUGCUGUUUUUCUUUUUUGUUUUUUGUUUGUAAAUCAAUUUGUAUUGGGGAGGCCGAGGGACUUGUGUUUGAAAGAUAAUUGACAAGAAACGAGAGAUAUCAUGGAACAAGGGGAGCCGGAGACCAAGAAAUUUAAGCAUUCCAUUUUUUCGGAUUGCAUGUACGACCCGGAGUGCAGAGAUGUGUUUUACACGCAUUGGCAUAACAGGACUUCGUACAAGUCGUCGAGCGUGGAGGUGAUAGGGCAGCCGUUUCGACUCUGUAAGAUCUCCAAUUUUAUCAAGAACGAGGAUUUUAUGGACAAUAUUAAGGGUGAUUUGGUGGAUAUCAAGACGAGAAGGAACAGCACGGACUUGUAUCAGUUUGAGCAAUCGAAUGACUUAGUAUCGGUAAACAAGCCAACUAUACGGAUAUUUUAUGAAACCUUACAAACGGAUUUGGUCGACUGGUUGGAGAAAUUUACGAAGCUCAGGUUAAAUAAUAAGAUAUCUAUGUCGACGUCCUGCUACACGGACACCGAUUUUCUACUUUGUCACGAUGACUUUCUGGGCGAUCGUAAAAUAGCCUACAUUCUGUAUCUGUCGGACAAUUGGAAAGUCGAGGAUGGCGGCGCGCUGGACCUCUUUGGCACCGAUGAGAAUGGGAGGCCCAUUAGCGUCGUAAGAUCCCUGCUACCCGAAUACAAUUCGCUUAUAUUCUUCGAAGUUCUCGAUCACUCUUAUCACCAAGUGGCGGAGGUACUCACGGGGACAAAAUCAAGAUGGAGCAUCAACGGCUGGUUUCAUGGGCCAAUACUGGACGAGGAAAGACCACCUCGACCCGAGCCCAUACCCAAUUACUUGAAUCCAGAGUAUACGGAGGUCGAUCUAGAUCUCUGGAUAUCAAAAGUUUAUUUAUAUCCUGGAAUAGUUAAAGAGAUUCAAGAAGACGUCGAGCAAGAGUCCUUUGCAUUUUUAUCUGAUUUUUUAAAGUCGAAUGUUUAUGAAACGCUGUGCGGUGAAUUGCAGUCAGAAAGUAUAAGGUGGAAGUUUGUUGGCCCAGCUGACAUUCGUCAUUACGAAGUAGCCGACGAAGAUAGCUUGCCAGAAUUUUUGGCAGACUUUUACAAAAUAUUCAGGUCAAUUACUGUCUUUCAGCUGCUUAAGAACUACACAGAAUUAGAUUUAGUACCGGAGAGCGAAUCGAUGAAUCCAAAAAUGACAAUCGAGCUCCAAAGGUGGUCGAAAGGUUGCUAUACGUUAAUCAGUGAUAAGGCCACGUACCAAGAUGACCAUUAUUACGACGAGCCCAGUACGAGUAAAAUAAUUAUGAGCGCGGAUUGUAAUACGCCGCCAAGUAGCCAAGGUGACGAUGACGAUGAGGACGACGAGGACGAUGACGACGACAACGACAACGACAACGACAACGACAACGACAACGACAACGACAACGACGACAAAGCAGCGGACAAGAUAAAGAACAAGUCAUCCGAAUCGGAAAAGACCGACGAAUAUUCUCGAAUUUCACCAUCGAAACGCGAUGGCACGACUCCCGUGAAAAAUCGAAAGGAUACCGAUACCGACGAUUCCGACGUAUCGGACAUCGGCGACUAUCUAUCUGACCCGCUGGACUGCGAUAACUCGGGACAAGAAGACGGAGCGGGCGAGGGGCCAUUUAUAGAGGACGACCUUGAAGAGCCGGAAACCACCAAUGAAGCAGGAACCCUCGACGUUAUAAUUCAAUUUAACACUAAUGGCAACGUGGAGGCAGAAACUAUAGAUUACGUCGAUGUGAAGGAGGAAAACGGUGCCCUCAUUCACGUACCGUCCAAGGACAAUCACCUCUGUUUGGUUUACAAGACCUUGGGAAUCUGCCGCGUUCACAAAUACGUAAACCAUUACUGCAAGGGCUACUUUUACAAUUUGGUCUGCACGUAUUGCGAGUGAGAAAGUUUAAUUG